AUGGUCAAAACCGCAACGCGCGACUACAGUUGUCCGCGGUGUUCCCGCACUUUCGCCCGCCUGGAACAUCUGCAGCGCCACGAACGAUCGCAUACCAAAGAGAAACCAUUUGGCUGCGAUAAAUGUGCAAAGUCCUUCACACGCAAGGACUUGCUGGUUCGCCAUGAGCGCCUCGUCCACAGUUCGCCUCCGGCAGCUCACACCCCUGACCAAACCCCCACAGCGUCUACGCAACAGGUCUUUGAUGGCCUCAAUGUGUUGGCAUCUGCUGUGACCGAGCACCCGUUUCCUAGAACACCGGGGAACGAUCAACAUCUAUUACCCGCGACACAUGGAACGUUUCCAACAGCACCAGCGACCGAGCCCACUCCGUUCAGUGAGCCUUUCGCAUACGAAGGCGACGAUUUUACGUCGUUUCUAGAUAGUAUUCCCCUACCUAGCCACCCAUACUCGCCAACCUACCAACCAUUGCCGUUGUUUCCUCCGCUGCAGUUUGACUCGGGGGCUGAAUAUCCCUCGACCUUUGGGCAUGAUAAUGCUGCAACACCAGUGCUUCCUCGCCAUGGAACACAACUACCGUCGUUGCAACCGGAUGAAUCCCAACCGCCUCAUAGAGCCCGUCCACCGAAAGUUCCAGUUGCGGUAACGACACAGUGUCGCGACCGAAUUGUUAACGAACUACGUGACUACUCGAAUGUGGUUUCAGAUCUCACUAUUCCGUCGCGACAUGCUCUUUCGCGCUGCCUCACGGGGUAUGUCAAUGGAUAUCACGAUCACUAUCCGUUUCUGCAUAUCCCAACAUUUAAUAUUGAGGCGAGUCCUCUGCAUUUCAUCCUAUCCAUGGCUUCACUGGGUGCCCAAUACUGCAGAGAACAUGACACCAGCAUCAGCCUUUUCCACCUUGCCAAAUCUGUAACCUUGGAGCACAUACGCCGGGAUCUUCAGUGGAACGGUGCUGGCAAUCGAGAUCUUGGAGUAACCUCGCCCGACAGUCAAAGUCACGACAUCCUGGAAACCGUUCAGUCCUUGCUUAUGCUGACGUCAGUCUCCUCCUGGUUUGAACAUUACCCGCCUCAUUAUGAGGCUCUCUAUUUGCGAAGCUUGAUGGAGACAUUGCUUCGGAAGCAUGGUUUAAAUGAGCUCCCACGCCAGGAUGGGUCGUGGGAGAGUUGGAUUCGGAACGAAAGCGCAAAGAGAACAAAGCUAAUCGUGUUCUGCUUCUUUGGCAUCCAUACAAUUGUAUUUGACAUCCCAUCCCUGAUCCUGACCGAAGAGAUUACCCUCGAUCUGCCCUGCACAGAGAAAGAAUGGACGGCCGCUACUGCGAGUCAGUGGAUUGAAUGCAGACAGCAGGGCCCCAAAAGCCCUAAGUUGCAGGAUGCCUUGAACUCAUUGUUCACCCGCAGCCCCAGCGCGGGUGGACAGUUGGAAAGCUUCACCUCUCUUGGCGGCUACGUCCUGAUCCACGCUAUCAUUCAGACUAUCUGGCUCACUCAAAAGGCAUGCCGCGUUCCAAUGAGUAAUAGCAGCUCUUUAUCACCAGCUCAGAUAACCCCACUGGAACAAGCUUUAGAGAACUGGUGCCAAUGCUGGGAACGCAACCAGGAGUCCUCUAUAGAUCCGUUCAACCCCCACGGCCCGAUCUCAUUUACAUCCACAGCCCUACUACGACUGGCAUAUAUCCGCCUCAACGCUGAUUUCAGUUCCGCACGGCGCCUCCAAACAUGGAACCCAGACGAAAUCGCAAGAUCCCUUCGACAGAAUCUCUCGGUUCAGCGCAGCGACAGAUUAACUCGCGCCGCCCUGCAUUGUGCCCAUGCACUAAGCACCCCCAUAAAACUGGGCAUAAACUACGUUGCCCGCACACUAGUCGUCUCAUGGUCCAACCAGUACGCCCUCUGCUCCCUAGAGUGUGCCGUCCUUCUAGCCAAGUGGCUCGAAACCGCCACCCUGCCAAAUCCCCAACCGAAAUUAACCGAGCAAGAAACAAAGCUGCUCGAGUUCGUCAUUGAAAUGGUCAUGGAGGCUCAGCAUGGAGUGUCGCGGUCGUGGCUUUUGGAAAAUAACACGCGGUUGAGUGCGGUUGUGACAAGGCUUUGGGCUCGCUUGUUUACGGCGGAUUAUAUCUAUGAACUUGUCAAUUUGAUUGGCCGGUCGUUAAAUCGCUAUGCGGACCUCUUAGAAGGUAUUGAUGCUUCCUGA